UCUCGCGCCGCCCUCCUGUCUGUCAGCGGCGGGAGGAGGGCGGAGCGCGUGUCGUCAGGCGGAGGGCCGCCAUUUUGUGCUGCCCUCAGCCGCGGCCGCCAGUCUUUCGUCGCCUCUCCUCGUCACCUCACGGUGGUGGGGCCGCCGCCAUCCCCAGCCCCGUCCCUUCCCACGAUGGACCCCGCUUCCGCCUCCACCGGGCCCAGCGACCCCCGCCGCGCCAGGCCUCAGGGCCGGCCUCACCUUCGAGGACCCUGAGGGAAAGAAAGCGAGGGCGAGAGAGAGAGAGAGAGAGGAUGGAGCCGGGGGCGGAGAGGGCCGACCCCCAGCUGGCCCCCCGGCCCGGGGCCUUGCAGAAGUUUUGCUCCCACGUGCUCCCCGGUUUCCUGCAGAAGCUGCUGCUGUGGGGCCAGAUGGCGUCGGGGAUGCUCCCCUCCAGGUGGUUGGAGUUGGCCCGCGGCAGCCCCGCCUGGAGAGCGCUCAGGGGGGGCGAGGAGGACCUCUUCCUGCACUGCGGCCCCCGGGGCCUGGGCCUGAAGCCGGACGACAAGGGCGGCCCCUCGGACCCGCCCGCCCACCCUCUCCUCCUGCAGCCUCAGCUGUGGGGGCCCCAGGAGCUGGGAGCCCCGGGGAGGGUCGGCCUCCGGCCCUUUCCCAACUUCAGCGUGGUGUCCUGGGUGUGGACCCCCCCCCUGCCUGGCCGGCCCAGCGGGGGGCUUGUGGAGUUUCAGUCAAUCAAGGGGGUGACCGACCAGAGCCCCCAGCCCCUGAAGGCAGACCGUGCCGGACGGAGCUGUAUUUCCCCCUGCUCGAGAGAGGGGCUGCCAGAGAUCCACCACCUCCGCAUGAAGCGCUUGGAGUUCCUGCAGCAGGCUAGCAAGGGACAGGCACUCCCUACUCCCGAGCAGGAUCACGGAUACCACAGCCUGGAGGAGGAACACCACCUGCGCCGCCGCCUCGAUCUGGGCCAAGCCUCGAAAUCCGAGCGGCAGGGAGAAAGCCCGGCCCCACCCGAAAGUGGCUUGUCCAUUCAGGAGACCCCCCCUACCCUGGAAGCCCGGGCCUUUCCCGAAAUUAGGCCAGCUCGGGAUGCGCCCGGAGAACGGGAUCGAGCGGGCGACCCCCUGCCAACCCCCGCCAGACCGGCCUGCGGCAAUAAAUUAAUCGACUACAUUCUGGGGGGCGACUCGAGCGAUCAGGAAACAGGCUCCAAUUCCGAGGAUGAAGAGUGGGACGACGAGGAUGAUGGUUUCGAUAGCGAUGAGCCCGAACCGGCCCCCGGGCAGCGGGACUCAAUCCUCUGGAAUUCCUUCUACAAGGUGGAAGACCCUUAUAAUCCCCAAAACUUCACGGCGACAUUGCAGACCUCUUUUAGAGCCAUUAGGGAGGACCAUUCCGAUUCCGAGAAGGAGCUGCCCGAGAGGUCGGAUGCAGAGGACUCUCCCUGGACCGAAAGCUCCCCCGGUUCCCAAAGCUCCGGAACGGACGUCGAUAGUGAUGACGACGGGGACUCCAGCGCAGAUGAGGCAGAGAACUUAAAACUGUGGAACUCCUUCAAUAAUUCCGAUGACCCUUAUAAUCCCUUCAAUUUCAGGGCCCCGUUUCAGACUGCCGGGAAAAAGGGCCAGGAGAAACCCGACUCCCCGAGGCGGGCCGGGGCAAAGGUGGCCAGGUGUCAGAGUCGUGCCUUAUUAACUUGUCAGGUGCAGCUGAUCAGGAGGCACGAGAGUGGACUUGAAAAUCUGACCCAACACGGGAUCCUCUCUGGAGACGGGCGCGUACACACCAGAAGAAAAAAGGUGACUUUCCUCGAAGAAGUGACCGAGUAUUACAUAAGUAGUGAUGAAGAUCGCAAAGGACCUUGGGAGGAGCUGGCCCGGGAUGGAUGCCGCUUCCAGAAGCGGAUUCAAGAGACAGAAGAUGCUAUCGGGUACUGCUUGACAUUUGAGCACAGACAGAGAAUAUUUAACAGGCUCCAGGAAGCAUGCUACUAAAGGGUCUCCAUCUUCUAGCACCUUGAAGAUGAUCUGGUCUCCUUCUUGCCUAAAGUUCAAUAUUAUUGCCUCUUAUGUGAGGCUCCUUUUUAAAAGCAGAGGUUGGCAGCUGUCUUUCGGGUGGCAAGGGAGACUGGCAACUUGGAUCCAGUGCCCCGGUCCUGUCUUCCUCGGGAGCCGUGAACCUACCUUGGGAGUAUCCACACUUUAUCUUGAGACAAGCCCUGCUAAUUAACCGUGGGAGUGGUGUGUGCCUGUUUCCCUUCUUCCUUCCUUGAAAAUGUUUCUUUUCGGAUAUUAGGUUGAACUGUGUUUUGAAUGCCUUUUGCUUUGUGGAGAGGAAGGGGGACCUUUUAAGUUGCAAAUUUGCACUGUUUAAACUUAUUUGAAGGGGGAAAUGAUAUUUAUAGGGUUCAAAGCCUAUUUUCAGUUCUGAUUUAAAGUAUGCAUAUUGAAGAUUUCAAGUUGCUUUUUAUUUUACACUCCCUCUCCUCCCCCCCGCCCUCCCCCCCACUUACUGCUAAAUUCCAACAAACAAAAAAAUAAGUGAAUGUCUGUGUCUUGUUUUUUGAUUGUGGCAUUGCUUCUUAUUUCCUCAUCUGUGGGUGUCUUAAUGCCUUUCCGGUGCAAAAUCAGUCCUGCACAUUAUUAUCAUUUAUGUACCUAAAUUUCAUAAACUUGUUUUUCUUAACGACACUUUAGAAUAUUUUGAUGUUGAAAGCGUGGUGGAUUUCAAUAGUGCUUAGAUGCAGUGCUGGUAUCUUCUUUUCGAGACAGAUAAAUUCCCACCAUUUUAAAGGAUUUUCCAAAGCCUCUUUCGUCUAACCAGUUUCACGCAGGCUCUGAACAAAAAUUCGAACCCAUUCUACAUUAUUUGUGUGUGUCCUGUUGGGCAUGUGUUCCUUUUGAAAGUUGGAAAUCCUUUCACUUAACCUUUUACACUUGCAAGUGUCCAAGCAGUGGGAAUCUCAUCUUACAGACUUUUAUUUUCUCUUAAACCUGGCAGAAUUCUGCUGGGCAGGUAGUGGGGGACUUGGCUGAGCAAUUUGCCACAGCUGCAAAUACUCUUACAGAAACCAGUGUUAAAAUGCCUCAGCACUGUCACUUUGAAAACCA